CAAAUAAAAUUUUAAGUCAACACGAAAUUUUGACCAAGCUUAAUUUCUCAAGAGGUUGAUGUACAUACCCAGAAACGUAAAAAGUAAUCGGUAAUCUAUAGUCUUGCUAAGUAGCGCCAGAGGGCGCUUUUCCGGAACAGCUGUGACUCUGCUUCUUUAUUGCCGUUCACCCGCACGCGUAACUGUGUCCAUCUCGCUCGCACUCGCCUAGCUCAAAACGAGGCGAAUUUUAUCAUUUAAUUUUAUUUUGACCAAAUUACGAGCGCUGCGCGGAAAAUGUUGGCCCACAGGAUGCAGCUUUGGAGGACAACAAACGCGGCAAUGGCCAUGACUUCCGCAGCCGGCCGUUUCACCCCACAGGCAUCCACGGGCAGCAGGAGAGAUCUCUACCUCCAAAGGAUUACCAGGGGCAGCAGUCUGCCCUUAGCGGCCCCCGAAAAAUGGUCCAAUCUCGGCCAGCUUCGUUUCGCCAGCGGUGGAGCAACUGCAGCGGGAGUUUCAGCCACCAAAGGCGAGGAGUUCAUGCAGGCUGUGCCGAAAACGGAACUAGUGGAUCUGCCGGACAUACCCGCCGCUCCAGUGCCUCCACCCGCCGAUGGUCUGAAUGUAAUGGAUGUGAUGAAUGCCGCUGGCGAACCCUCCUUCGCCUCCAUUGGCUUGGGCGGCUGGUCUCCGGUGGGCAUGGUACAGAACUGUUUGGAAUUCUUGCACUGCACGUGGGAUAUUCCCUGGUGGGGAACCAUCGCCAUUGGAACACUCGCAGUGCGAACCAUAAUCUUUCCAUUGGUCAUCUUGGCCCAAAGGAACUCUGCCAAGAUGAACAACAAUAUGCCGCAGAUGCAGAUGCUGCAGCUGAAAAUGACCGAGGCCAGGCAGUCGGGAAACGCCAUUGAGUCCGCUCGUUAUGCCCAGGAAAUGAUGCUGUUCAUGCGGGAGAAGGGUGUCAAUCCGCUCAAGAACAUGGUAGUUCCCUUGGCCCAGGCACCGCUCUUCAUUAGCUUCUUCAUGGGACUGCGACAGAUGGCUAACGCGCCGGUCGAAUCAAUGCGGGAUGGCGGACUCUUCUGGUUCACGGAUCUCACAAUGGCGGAUCCCUUCUAUCUACUGCCCUUAAUCACCAGUGCCACGUUGUACCUGACCAUUGAGAUCGGAACGGAUUCGGCUCGCUUAUCGGCUGCCAACAUGAACACCAUGAAAUAUGUGCUCAGAGCCCUGCCCAUUGUUAUCUUCCCGUUUACGAUGAACUUCCCCGCUGCCAUUUUGACCUAUUGGGCGUGCAGUAACUUUAUAUCGUUGGGGCAGGUUGCGGUGCUAAGGAUUCCCUCCGUGAGGGAGUACUUCAAGAUCGAAAAGAUGCUGACCCAUGCGCCCAGUGCACUGCCACCUAAGAAGGGAUUCGUCGGCGGAAUGAAGGAGUCCUGGGACAACAUGAAGAUCUCGAAAGAAAUCGAGGAGCGACAGCGCCUGGACGAGAUCCGAUUCGCCAAGGCCGGCAAGGGUCCGCUGGUCAAGACGUACAAGUUCGAUCCCACGAAAGUGGCAAAACCCAUUUCCGCGGAGCCGCACAUGCGGCUAAAGGAGCCGCCGAACAAGCAGGGAUAGUUCCUCCAUCCUGUAAUCGCCGCUGAGCGCUGUGUCUUGUUACGUUAAUUUAACCCCUUAGUCUAUAGUCCUUCAUCAUCCGAACGUUUUGCUGCUAAAAUAUAAUUUGUAAAUGUACAGAGGCAAACUUCUUGCUGAUGAAACCUGAUUUGAGAAGUUGGAGACAAAGUUUUGGUAGAUGUAAUCGCUGUAAAAAUAAACUCGUCAUGGAAG